AAAACCAGCUUUUAAAUCAGUUUGAUCAGCUUUUAGGCUGUUAACUUGUUUUCCAGAAAUGUAUAUAUGUUUUAAUAUCUAAUUUAACAAUAUUUACAAAGGCACCUUCUGUUUACUUCGCGCUCUAACUUCUCUGCUUCUACAAUUCCUUUAAUGGUGAAUUUGUGCUCUUUAUGAUUGAAGAUGAGCAUUGUUGGUUGGUUGAAGUUAGCAUAAUUUCAUUUGAGAUACACAUUUCUUGUCCAAAAUCUACACAUUGAUGGCUGCUAUCAACUUUUCAACUUUGAAGAGACCCCUUAAUUCCUCUUUUGAAUUAGCAAAUCAGAUUGAUGUCAGACCUUCAUAUGCUUGCAUUAAUGGUAAUCUACAAUUUAGAGAACCCACAUAUUCAAAAAAUUAUGCUGCCCCAAAAUGUUUUAAAAUAAGGGGUAUACACUCUGCUAGUGUGACCAGUCAUGUUACCUCAUAUCUCACUGAUAAUAAAAGUUUGAGGGGAAGUAAAUCAAUUUUUGUGACUAGCCCCAUUUGGAAUAAUCAAUGGUAUUCGUCGUCUGUUAGUAGUAACAGAUAUACUCCUAAAGGUUCAGAAGUUUCAACUGGUGCAAGUGCAAGUGGGUUUGUUAUGGAUACAGGUGGUGUAAGUGGAAGUGAGUGGGUUGGAAAUAUUAAGGAAGCUUGGCGAACUGCCGUAGAUGCUGUGACUUCUACGGGGGGAAAAGUGAAAGAGGCAUCUUCGAAAAUGACUCCUUAUGUUGAAAAUGUGCUUGAUGCACACCCUUAUCUAAGAGAUGUAAUUGUUCCUGUUGGUGGUACCUUAAUAGCUUGGGUGGUGCUUCCAAGACUUUUGAGGAGAUUUCAUGAGUAUGCGAUGCAAGGAUCAGCUGUUUUGCUGCAUGGAAACUCGAUAUGGGGGAAGUUUUCUUAUGAGAAAAGUAUUUGGGGUGCUAUGGAGGAUCCGGUUCGAUAUUUAAUCACUUUCAUGGCAUUUUCACAAAUUGCUGUGAUGGUGGCACCAAGCACUAUUGCGUCACAAUGCCUUCUCCCGACUUGGAGAGCUGGUUCUAUUCUUUCAUUUAUCUGGUUUCUACAACGAUGGAAAACAAAUGUGAUCAGCAGAGCUUUGGAUGUCAAGGGUCUUGAAGUAGGUGAUCGUGAUCAGUUGUCGACUUUGGACAGAAUCUCUUCCAUUGGCCUCUACAUCCUUGGGUUAAUGACUUUAGCUGAAGUUUGUGGAGUAGCUGUACAAUCUAUUUUGACCGUUGGUGGAGUUGGAGGGGUGGCUACUGCUUUUGCUACUAGAGACAUCCUUGGCAAUGUUCUUAGUGGGCUCUCCGUACAGCUUUCACGACCUUUUUCAGUUGGUGACACGAUAGAAGCUGGAUCAGUGGAAGGUCAAGUGGUUGAAAUAGGGCUUACUAAUACAUCAUUGUUGACUGCAGAAAAAUUCCCUGUUAUUGUCCCAAAUUCACUAUUUUCCAGUCAGGUGAUUGUGAAUAAAUCACGUGCUCAAUGGCGUGCCAUGGUCACUACAGUUCCUUUCCAAAUUGAAGACUUUAAUAUGAUUAUCAAGAUAUCAGAUGAUGUGAAGAGCAUGCUCAAAUCUAAUCCAAAUGUUUUCUUGGAAAAGGAGGCACCAUACUGCUACUUGUCUAAAAUUGAAAAAACAUAUGCAGAGCUAACUCUUGGGUGCAACUUAAGAUAUGCGAUAGCUUCCAGCAUAGCCUUUGUGCUGAAGAUAUAUAAUAUUGUUACGUAAAAAAGAAGAUGAGAAUAACUGGAGAGCAAGGACAAAUUGUUUUCAGCACAUCAGGAUAUUCUUCUGCAAUCCGUUCGAAUAGUCAAGCAGCAUGGAGGCACACUGGUUGAUCCUUGGAGUCAGUGAUUUGUAUUCGAACGAAGUUGUCUUAAGUCUUGAGGUUAGCUUUCCUUGGUAUGUCUUUUUUCCAUCUGAUCAACACAUUGUUGUACAUUUUUAUGUAAUGAGUGAAACAUUAGCUUGUGAAUAUUUCUACCCAGAAAAGUUCAUUUUUUUGUAUUGCAGCAAAGAAUAGGGCAUUUGGAAACGGAUUAACACUCUCACACACACCCCAUAUCUCUCAAAUGAUCAAAGGGUAAUAUGUUUGCCAAUUGGAUAAAAAUGAGAUCGAUAAAGAAAAUCAAAAUUGGUGAUGUGUUUUAAUAGCUUAUGUAAUAGGUCAAUGCUCUGAGUAUAGAUGUACAAAAUAAGAAUUUCUCAAGCUGCAUAAAUGACCUCUUACUAAAUGCACUCAUUUGAAAACAA